AUGUGUGAAACAGCAAAGAAAAUUUGGGAUACACUUGUAGUUUCAUAUGAGAGAACCUCACACGUGAAAGAAUCCAAGAUAGACAAAUUUGUCCAUAAAUAUGAACUAUUUAAGAUGUUAGAAAAUGAGAAUAUUGCUAAUAUGUUUUUAAGAUUUACUAACAUUAUUAACAAGCUGAAGGGGUUUGGAAAAACCUACACCAAAUCAAAAAAUGUUCGAAAGAUUCUUAGAUCACUUUCUCCUAAAUGGAGACCAAAGAUUACUGCAAUAAAGGAAGCUAAAGAUCUUGGAAAAGUAAGUAUAAAUGAAUUAUUAGGAUCAUUACUAACUCAUGAAGUUGAAUUGAAUGAAGAUGAGAAGUACACUGAGACAAAAGAAUCUAAAAAGAAAUUCAUUGCACUCAAAAUGACAAAUAUAUCCGAUGACGAAAGUGAAGAGGAAGACAAUGUAGGUCAUUUCAAAAUCGAAUGUCCUAAAAUUGGAGAAAAGAAGAAAGCCUAUGCUGCAGAAAAUUCUUGGGACUCUAGGGAGGAAGAACAAGAAGAGGAGUCCGAUGAUGAACAAAGUAAUCUAACCCUUAUGACACUUACUCAAGAAAAAGAGGAAAACAAUAAUGAGAUAACAUCUGAAUACAUAACAACAUCUAAAUAUAGUGAUUUAUGUGAUGAUAUAGAUACUGAUAACAUUGAUGAAAAUGACAUUGAAAAAAGAUUCGAAGCAUUGUAUAAAGCUAAUCAACGACUAGAAAUAACCAAAAUAAAUCUUGAAAAUGGGGUUGUUGCCUUCCGUGAUAAAGUGGAUGAAUUUAUAUUGAAUACUAAAGAAAAGUAUGGGAAAUUUGAUGAAAAGUCAGACGAAGGCAUAUUUCUUGGAUACUCCUUUAAUAGUUGCGCCUAUAGAGUAUUUAAUAAGAGAAGUUUGGUUGUGGAAGAGUCCAUAAAUGUUAAAUUUGACAUCUCUCCACCAAAAGAGAAUUAUAGACCUUUGGACAAUGACGAUAAAGAUUUGUUAAUAGAGAUAAAUAAGAAAUUUGAAAAUACAUUUCUAGAUGAAUCACAAACUCAGGAUUUACCUAGAGAAGUUAUUCCUGUAAAAGAUCAUCUCUUGAAACAAAUUCUUGAAAAUCUUGAUAUAGGAGUACAAACAAGAUCUACAAUUCAGAACACUUGUAACUUUGCUGCUUUUAUAUCUACCAUUGAACCCAUUAACAUAAAAGAAGCACUUAAUGAUAAUGACUGGAUUCUGGCUAUGCAAGAAGAAUUAUAUCAAUUUGAAAGAAAUGAUGUUUGA